CAAAAAAACAUGAGAGGAUUUGUCAUUUUGGUCACACUGGCCUGCUUUGCCUCCGCUCAGCACCAAGCGCUUAUUGACUAUUUGGAAAGGAGGCUGCUGGCUAUUGAGGACAGGAUCUCCCUGUGGCAUGAGCAGACAACCCGAUACGCCUCGGAGCUGCGGGAGCUGAAGCAGCAGAUGGUUUCACAGCUGGAGAAUCUGGACAAAGAAAAAGAAGCCCUGCGAACGAACCUGGACGGCGUGGGGACGAGGGUGGACCGGGUGGAGCGGGAACUGGACUACCUGGAGACCCAGAACGGGGCUCAGCCGUGUGUGGACGUGGACGACAAGCUGAUAGAGCAGCAGGUGACCCAGGUGAAGGAGAAGCAAAAGGCCAAGUAUCUCAAACUCACAGACUGCAGCGACAUGAUCUCGAGUAUAAAAGCCAUGAAGAUCCUGAAGAGAGUCGGAGGGCCAAAGGGCAUGUGGACCAAAGACACCAGCAGAGCGUCUGGGAAAAUCUACGUGUUUAACGGGACCGACGAGGACACCGUCAACCAGUUUCCCUCUCUCCAGGACUUCACUCGCUCCCCGGGCAUGUCUCUGUCAACAGACCUAAAGCUCCCGUCUGCCUGGAGGGGGACGGGGCACGUGGUCUUCAACCACCACGUGUAUUACGUCAGUCUGGCUGAGGAGAUCUCGGUGGUUAAAUACGACACGAGAAAUAACUCGGUGACGGACAGCGCUGUGUUCCCAGUGCAGGACCACGUCCCUGUGUACGGCCUGACCCCCGACACCCUGAUGGACCUGGCGGUGGACGAGGAGGGCCUGUGGGCUAUUUACGCCACGAGGCAGAACGAGGGCCACAUCUCUGUGGCCAAAAUGGACGCCGACUCGCUGGACGUCGAGCAGAUGUGGGACACAAACUGUCCGAGAGAGAACGCGGAGGCGGCCUUCGUCAUCUGUGGCACCCUGUACGUGGUGUACAACACCAAGCAGCCGGGACGCUCGCGAGUGCAGUGCCUGUUUGAUGUCAACGACAUGGUGAGCAAUGAGGAGGCACCUCUGGUUUACUUCCCCAAACGCUACGGCUCUCACUCCAGUCUCAAGUACAACCCGCAGGAGCAGCUGCUGUAUGCCUGGGAUGACGGCUACCAGAUCCUUUACAAGCUCAUCAUGAAAAAGAAGCUGGAAAUCUGA